AAUAUGAUUCCCGCUAUACAAUUGCUUGAAAAAGGAAAACUCACUGAAUACUUCAGUAGUCUAGAAGAUAUUAUGAACGAUGAGAUUGCUAUCCCUCUCAAUCAGGAGGAGAGAGUCUACCAGGCCAACAAGCUUAAUGAUUUGAAGAUAGAGGCUGAAUUCCUACUCUCAAGAGGAAUGCAGAAAAUAGGCUGAUGCCAAGAAGCACUUUAUGGAUUCACUAAUUUAAUUGAUAGGUUGCGAAAGAAAGAAGCUAUGAGACCAACAGAGCUCUUCUAUUUAUCACAGUCUUAUUACAGAAUAAGCCAGCUUCACUCAGAACUCAAAUUCAUCCAGAAAGCUGAAAGUUACAUGCAAAUUUACGAAAAGUUGCAGAGCAAUUACCUGUCAGAAUUAGAAAAGGAGGAGACGUCCGAGAUCGUCUUCAAAAUAGGAUAUCUUCAGAAUCAGCUUCAGAAGAGGAAAGCCUGGCUAUACCAUCUCUCAUGUGAUGACAUUAAAGCUAUCUCCAUUCUAACUGAAGUAUACUCAAACGAGAGGAAGCUAAGAAGCACACAACUUAAGGUUGACCAGUCAAAUCCCCCUGAACUUCAAUUCAGAAUAGAUAUGAGAAUUGCAAGAACCUUAUUGAUGAUUUCUUCGAUCUACAGGAGCAGAAUGGAGGUGAAGAAAGCUAUAUACUUUGAAUCACAGGCCCAAAAAUGAUUCUUCAAAGGAUACCUUAAAGGAGAAGACACAGAAAUAGUGUUCACUGCAGACUUUCUUAUGGAAACCACCAGUUAUUGCCCAUAUCGCCACUAUGAAAGAGCUAACUCGAUAUACGAGAAGAUCUUAGGGACCAAAAGUCCGAAGUUCCUAAACUCUUUCAGAAGAAUUGCCGACACAAAGCUGAAAAGAUAUGAUUAUCAAGAUAACAUCAACUUAUAUACUGUAGAUACUAGGUAUUUUGACGAGAUCCCAGAAAACACUCUUUUUAGUGAAGCAAAAGAUAGCUCAAAUUUUGAAGAGGCUGGUACAUUCUACAAAUAUAUUGAAGACCAACUACACGAGAAUUAUUUUGAUGUUGGAUAUUAUGAGAAACUCUAUGCGACGCACACACAUAUCCUAAUCCGGCAGGCAUAUAUCCAAAUUUACUUGCUCAGGAAUGGUAAGAAAGCCAGAUCAAAAAUAUUGAGACUCUCAAGAUUAAUACUGAAAAGUUAUACAGAGCUUUACAAUGCAAAGUCUAUAUUCUGCCUAAAUCCCUAUUUAGGAGUUGUCUGCGCCUCUAUGAGAAACCAAGAUCUCAAAAAGGCAGAAAGGUAUUCUGUCAAAAUGAUUGAAAUUUGUGAAAAAUAUAUCAAAAGUAUGGGAAAUCAAUACAGCCUGAUCUCCAACAUUCACAUAAGUGUUAUGUAUUUCAUGAAGAAGCAAUAUCCUAGAGCUAACGCUUUAUUCAAAGAGAUUCUCCACCAAGAACUCGAAUAUGUAUCAAAUAACAGAUCGCAUCCUUACCUAGAGCAAAUUUACUUACAUCUUGCGAUAAUGUACGAGAAGCUAAAAGAGUACAAUUCUGGGUUACUAAUGUGGAAGAGUUUGCUUAAAGUUCAUAAGCAAACUUAUGACAGAAACUGCACUUACAUCAGCAAAGACUAUUUCUACAUUGGUCAGUUAUACCUCGACCUAGGUGACACCAGCAAAGCUCUCUAUAAUCUUGAAAUGAGUAAAGAAUGAAUUGAAGCAUUCCUCAAAACUCUAAAUGAACUCAACGGCAAGGAAUCAGCAUUCCAAGGAGCACAUUUCCAAGAAGAAAUUGAAAUGAUGAUCUCUCAAGAAGAGCUGAACCUUUCCAAAGUUAACACUCUAAUCCAAAAAUCCAAACAAGCUAACGAACAAAAUCAGGGGGUUUCAGAGGUCAACAAUCAGAAAAACUCAGCUAAAUUUGAAAGAGAAGAUGCCUUCAAAAAAGAUACAGAGCUCAGUGUGAUAUACGAGGAGUCUAUCCUCCAGACUAAAUUUGAAUCAAUCAAGAAGCAAGACGAAAAUGCAAAUAUCGAGUCAGCAGAUACUAAAACUCCACCAGGAUCAGAGCAAAAUGGGAUUUGAGAUCUCACUCCAUCUUAUACUAAAUCAAGACCUGAUAUAGGAACGGUCAAAGCAGAAUAUUCAGAUGAAAUAGAUGACAUGUUCAUGCCUACGAUAAGUAAAGUAAUGUAAUGAGACCAUACUGAAAAAGUAUUGAGCUUAAUCUAUAAAAUAUAUCCUCCUCGAC